CAAAACCCUAACAAUCACCUCUCCCUCCCAAAGCAGAGUGUCGCCCGCCAAGGUAUCCGUUGAAGACUGCCGACGAUUGAAAACGCGAAGGCGGCGGGGGCAUUAGGAGGAAGGGAGAGAGAAAGGAAUUGUUGAGAGAAUUGAGCUGUGAGCGAGGGGAAAGUAAGGGAGAGGAGAUUGCAGAGAAUGGGGAAGACAAACUACAUGAGGAUAAAGGGAAGCCAGAACCUGAGGCAGCGUCUUCUCCUAUCCUCGCUCGCUUCCAUUCCGAUUCUCGUCGAAGACAUCCGAGUCGACGAAAGUUGGCCGGGUCUCCGGCCCCACGAGGUCUCCUUCCUCCGGCUUCUCGAGAAGAUCUGCGACGAUUGUGUCGUGGAAAUUAAUGAAACUGGUACUAAAUUCAAAUACAAGCCUGGGAUCGUGAUGGGUGGAAAAAAUCAUGUGCAUGACUGUGGUGUUAGUCGGUCCAUUGGCUAUUUUUUGGAACCACUAAUCGUGCUUGGUUUGUUCGGGAAGAAACCCCUUUCAAUCAGGCUCAAAGGGAUUACAAAUGAUUCAAAGGAUCCAUCUGUUGACACUUUCCGUUCAACUACCUUACAAAUGCUGAAGCGUUUUGGAGUUCCUUCAGAAGGAUUGGAGUUGAAGAUUGAGAGCCGUGGUGUUCCUCCUCUUGGUGGUGGAGAAGUUUUUCUUGCAGUUCCUAUUGUCCAGGACAGCCUAGCGGCAGUAAACUGGAUUGACGAGGGGAUGGUGAAAAGGAUUAGGGGAGUUUCUUUCUCAACAAGGGUGUCCGUUCAGUUUGAGAAUACCAUGAUACAUGCAGCUCGUGGAAUUUUUAAUCGCUUGCUUCCAGAUGUUCAUAUAUUCACUGAUCAUAAAGCUGGACCACAAGCUGGAAGGUCACCUGGUUAUGGAAUUUCACUAGUAGCUGAAACUACUUCUGGUUGCUUCAUAUCUGCGGAUACUGCAGUAUCAUAUGCACAGGGUGACAUAGAUGGUGGAAUUGAAGAGGAAGAGACAAAAAAACUUGCGCCUCCAGUGGAUGUCGGAGAGCAAAUUGCUUCAGUAUUGCUUGAGGAGAUUGAGCAAGGGGGAGUAGUGGACUCAACACAUCAGGGUUUACUGUUCCUGCUUUGUGCAUUAUGCCCGCCGGAUGUUUCAAAGGUUCGAGUAGGGAAUCUUUCACCAUACGGAAUAGAAACGCUCAGGAAUAUCAGAGACUUUCUAGGUGUUAAAUUUGUUAUUAAGCCAGACCCAUCAACGGGAACGACCAUACUUAAAUGCAUCGGAUGUGGGUUGAAGAAUUUUUCUAGAAAGGUGUCUUGAUGAGUGACGAUGAUUCUUCACGCCUGUUGGCUUGCAAUUUUGUUUAAGUCCCUUGUAACUCGCAUAGCUCUAGUAUAAAGUCACUGUGAGACAGAGUAAUCUAUGUUUUGUAAAAACAUGAGGUUGAUUGGAAGCAUUGACAUCUAUUUAUAUCGGUCAAUUUGGAAGCAUUGCCCGUAAAAGCAA